ACGAAACGGUGGGUCGAUCUGCUAAGAAGACAACAGAGUCAGAGAUGGAUAUCGCCCACGUCGCUACAGAGUAUGUGUUUAGUGAUUUCCUCCUGAAGGAGCCGGGUCAGGGAAGGUACCGCGCCGUGCGCACUGAGCUAGCCGUGGACAAGAUGGUGACGUGCGUGGCGGUGGGACUCCCUCUCCUCCUCAUCUCUCUAGCCUUCGCCCAGGAGGUCUCUGUAGGUGUUCAGAUCAGCUGUUUCCCUCCAGCUAACUUUUCCAGGCGUCAGGCCAUGUACGUGGACUCCUACUGCUGGGCAGCCCUACACACUCGAACACUACAGUUAUGGCAACACAAGUUCUUCCCYUAUAUCCUGCUGUUGGUAGCAGUAAUUAUGUAUAGUCCAGCAGUUUUCUGGGGUUUCUCUGCCUCUCCUCUGCUUCAGUCAGACCUCAGCUUCAUCAUAGAAGAGCUCGACCGCUGCUACAACCGYGCUGUCACUCUGGCUAAACGCAUGGCCACUGCUGGGGAAUACACAGACAGUGGUGCGUCCGACCCUACUGAGGGGUGUUUCAUGUACCCGGUGGUGGAACAGUAUCUGCUGACCAAGAGGAGGAGUGUUGUGUUGUUGUGGCGCUACCUGCUGUGUCGAGGCCUCAACCUGCUCACCUUGCUUUUGGCCUGUGUCUACCUGGGCUACUACCUCUGCCUCGCCUCCCUCACUGACCAGUUCGGCUGUUCCCUACGCACCGGACUCCUGGCCAAUGACACCUCGAUCCCCGAYCAAUUACAGUGCAAGCUAGUCGCCGUGGGCGUUUUCACUUUGCUAAGCUUUGUUAACCUGCUGGUGUACGCCAUGCUGGUUCCCGUGGUGAUAUACUCCGCUCUGCGCCCUUUCUUCCAAUCACACACCCAUUUCCUGAAGUCCUACCAAUCACUGCCUACCACCGGUGUUCUGCCGCGCCCCCAGGGGCAAUGGGAUGACCUGRCACUCUACUUACUUUUCCUGGAAGAAAACCUCAGCGAGCUCAAGUCCUACCAGUACGUGAAGGUGUUGGAGUUGCUGAGGAGGAGGGGGGUGUGUGACGGCGAGGACUUUGAUGCCAUGAGACUGCUUCAGAUGCUGUGUCUGGUGAAGACUGAUGUCACAGACGGAAAGAGGCGCAACGCAGCUACCUCCAAUGCUAGUGACAAAACCCCCAAUGAUAAUGCUGGCCUUAAUGCUAAAGCUAAUGACAACCCUAUUGCUAAAGCUAGCCAAAUUGCUAAUGCUAACCCUGCCGCUGGGGAGGCCAGUAGCAAGGCCCAAGUCCCCAGUCCAGCAGCAAGGCCCAAGUCCCCAGUCCAGCUUCUCCAGACCCAGGCCGAAGCCAGACCAGUGCCACUGAGAUGACAGAAUUUUCUGCUCUCUUGCCAGGCAACAGUGGAAUGGAAGGCGGAGUGAAGAGUGGGCGGUCCGACAGCGAAUGAUCUGAUCGUUGUCAUGAAGGAACAGCCCCAGUGGGUUGUGGGACACUAGGAACCAGAGCGGUUCUAAGACCCAGACACUCAACAAGCCAUUAUCUAAACAACUCAGACUAAGGAUUAGCAGAGAUGUCUUGAUGUCAAUGGGACACUUAACUAGCGCCAGUGGUACUAGCCAACAAUGCCAUGAAGUCGCUUUGAUGUGAUCGGGGAUUUGAAUCGGACAAGCAGUUUCUGGGUAUCUUCCUAUAUUCAAAGCCAUACUGCCCAAGGUGUAUUUGUGUGUGGUGGUGGCAUACUGUCUGCAGAAGGGUCGAUCUAUAAACUAUGGUACCACUGAGAAUUUCCUACACAGGACAACUUGAUACAGCUGUUGAUAAUACAUUGAUAAUAUUCUGGCUUU